UACUAGUCCAUCCAACAGUAAGUCACGAAGUCGUGUCUUUGCCGGAGGUGCCAAUAGCAUUAAGGCUUCCCCUAAUCCAUCUCUAGAGGGAUCCCUCAAGCGUAUGCGCGAACAGCAUGCACCCCAAGGGAUACAAGGCGGCUAUCAAAGCAUACGCUUGAGGGAUCUCCACAUGGAUGAACUAGGGAGAGGUCUAACAGCAUCGCUGCGAACGCUGGGCAUCUGAUAGAGCACGCAAUGGAACUGAAAAGUAGCCGGCUACUGCGUGGGAAUUCCUUCGGUUCUUUCGAAUCUGCGAGUCCUGUGUACCGCUCGCUCCAAACGUCGCCGCGUGAAUCUUAAGGCAGGAGCUUCCUAGAAUAUGAUUACUUAGUUACAAGUGCAAGUUCGAGAAUCGCAUGCUUCUUACUCCUCCAGGACUACAAUGAGAAGAUGUAUACAUAGGAAGAAUAAUUUCAUCUCAUCAUGUACUGACACUGAGUAGUCUAUUGCUAGUUCAUAGGUUUUAUUUCUAUAAGUGAGUUUUCAGAAGAUGGAUUUUCCCUUUCUACUAGUGAUGCGUUAAUCAUGUCUAUUCCUACUUUAUGAGCUUCUGUUUCAUUUCUAACACCUCAAGGGUGCGAAAAAGAAGAGAUUAUACACGCCAG